CCCUGCUUCCAUCUCGUAUUUCAAGCAACAUCAUUGAUAUACUGCCGUCAAUCCACUAGUUUGACGUUUUUUAUUUUUGCAUCCUCUCGCAUUUGCACGAUUCUUCUGCAAUUGUAAGACCAGAGCGUACCUUUUUAGUGGUUCAUGCAGUCAGGCGACAAUCGCCAUUCAGAGUACCAUCAUUACUAUCAGUCGACUGUCUUUUCUGUCUACAUCGAUUCUCUCUUUGUCAAACACACUCCUGCGGAUAUCGUUGCCGCCAACCCAGACCUUUUGAACGUCGGCAAGACUCCUACUGAGCCUCCCUAGCGGUGCCUUGGCAUAUCUCUAUUAAACCGUUUCUAUCCUCUUUCAAAUACCAAAGCUCCUUCAGAUCUGUGAUAUUUUUAUAAUCAAUAUCUGCUUUUGGCCAUCUUUUUAUCACCUGCUCUCUUCAUAUCCACUGUUUAAAUAAUGCAGUCAUCUAACUGUCCAAUUCCUACUGCCACUGGCCCCAUUGAAAGUCACUGUGCCACAAAUACACCUACUAAUACUUUUCCCAACUCGAGUACUACAUGUCCAACUGAUAAACUAACCCUUUCUGGCUUUGAAGGGCCAGAAAAGUUACUUGAAAUCUGGUUCAAACCACUUCACGCAUCAGUACGUGAUGGAGAUCACACCCGUCGUACCCACAAGCAUCUUAACCAUUCGUGUUCUGAUGAAGAUUUUUCUGAAGGAUCUUUGUCAGACUGCGAUAAACCUAUGCAUCAUUAUGCAUCCAAUAUAAACAAGGACAACGAUUUAAACCGCUAUGAAUUUCGUCGAUAUGGUCUUCGUACCGUACGCCGUGAUGUCUGGGAAGACAUGCUCAGUAUUGUACAAUGUCGUGUUCUGAGUGUUAUCAAAAACGAAUUUGCCGAUGCCUAUCUUCUUAGUGAGUCUUCCAUGUUUGUCUAUCAGAACCGUAUUGUUCUCAAGACCUGUGGUACUACUACUUUGCUGAAUGCCGUGACUCGUAUUCUUGAAAUCGCCAAGAACAUGUGUGGUCUUGAAGAAAUUGAUGCCGUGUUUUAUUCCCGCAAGGCCUUUCUUUUUCCAGAACGACAAUCAUGGCCACAUGGAAAAUGGAAUGACGAGGUAUCUUAUCUAGAUACUAUUUUUCCAAAUGAUUGCUUUGAUACCUCUGGCUAUGUUGUUGGUAAAAUCAAUGGUGAUCACUGGUGUUUGUACGUCUGCACUCCCGGCGGCUUGGAUGUUGAUGGAAACCCCGUCAUGCCUACUUUUCUCGUGGAGUCUGAUCAGACAUCAUCGGGUGAAGACACUGCAAUUUUUGAUGACAGUGACGAAGAUGAUGUCACUUUGGAGAUUCUCAUGACCCAGCUUGAUCCCGAAGCCAUGAAAAGCUUUUGGCGUACAGAAGAAGAGCUGGCGGCUGGAAUGAGUGCCGAGAAUAAGAAUGCCAUUAAGCACCAACUCAAGAGUGCAGGGCAUCGUGUAUUUUCCGAAACAGGCAUUGCAGAUAUUUACCCCGAAUCGACUGUUGACGACUAUGUGUUUGAUCCUUGUGGCUACUCUUUGAAUGGCCUGCUAGGUCCCUACUAUUACACCAUCCAUGUUACACCAGAGGAUAUUUGCUCAUAUGCCUCUUUUGAAACCACAAUUCCUGUCAAGCAGUUUACUCCCAAGCACAAACGAGAAGGCAUUGAAUAUGAAUACGAUACAUUCAGCCAAGUAAUCCAAAAAGUAGUGGAUCGAUUCAAGCCUGGAAAGUUUUCGACUACACUAUUUGUUCGACACACUGCAUCCAACAAGGUUGGAUUGGGACGCACGCAUUCACUGAAUGGUGGAAUCCAUGGAUUUCGUCGUCGCGAUCGCAUUAUGCAUUCGCUUGGAAAAUGGGAUCUGAUAUUUUGCCAUUUUGAAAAACAUGCGCAUAUCGCUUCUGUAGCCAAGCCGUUGGUUUCUUCCUCUGUGUUCAAGUCUAUACCUACAGACACUUUUGUUCAAGAGAGCAAGGUCGAGUCUUUUGAUUCUACUCCAAACUCUGAUGUUGAGGAUGAGAGUGAUUCCGUGCAAGUGUUUGUAGAAGACAUAGACUUGCAUACUUUGGCCAAAGUGUGUCAUACGUUCCGUCGUUUUUCUGCCGAUCCGGUCUUAUGGCGACGAGUGGUGCUCCAUCGCAACUCCUUUCGCUUGCAGCUUCGAUUUGCUCUUCCACAACGGCCUUCUCGUAUAGAACUUGCCUCUCGUGGUAUUUUACGUUCAUCCAGCAGCUCGCAAAUUCUUGCUCGUCAUAUCGAUGAGGGUCGAUAUGUCAAUGGUCCUUUGGGUGUACAAAACUUUAGGGCAGGAAGAGCAGUGGAGCGAACAUUUACUCGAUCGGCGCUCGGUAGACUAUUAUUGGCUCGACCAGACGUGGAUGAGCUCUGCAACCGUGGAGUGUUUUCUGAGGAUGUCGCUGCAUCGUUCAAGGCUUCUUGUCCAUCCAAGCACAACAAGUAUGCCCCAUCUUCACCUGCAGUCCGAGUGAUUUCUCCACGUUUGCUUCCCAAGAUGACUGUGCUACGAUCUGCUUUACGAAGAGAUAAGCUCAAGCACUCGCUUCAAAACCGUAAAUCAUUUCAAGAGAUUCGAGACUUGAAUGUAACCAAACCUCGCACGUUAUGGAGCGUACUGCCUUCAACGUUGAUGAUGCUUACAAAACACUUGACUGGGCUUCAACUUCAACGCAAGUUGAAACAAAGACCUAAUAUAGAAUGGCUCGAGUCACGCAAGGUUAUGCAGUCAGCGGUCUAUACAGCACACAUCCUUUGUCCAAGUGUACGACCUAAAAUCGCCUAUUACGAAUCGCUAUCUAUUGUUGAAUAG